AUGUCAACUUCACCAACACGUAGUCAAUCAGAAACUUUCUCUGAACCAUCGGCUAUUCCAACAUCAACAUCAAUGUCUGAAUAUCCUGAUCGUCCUCUUCUAUUUAAAAAUGAUGAUGAUACAAGUUCAAUGAUAUCACAUGUUGAUGAAAACAAUGAAAAUGAAGCUGUUGCACCAUUAGUUUCUUCAAUUGUCGGAGAUCAAACUGAUCAUAAAACAACGAACUUAGAAACAUUAAUGCAUUUAAUUAAAGGUAAUAUUGGGGCCGGUAUUCUUGCUUUUCCAUAUGCAUUAUCAAAAGCUGGAAUCCUUUUUGGUCCUAUUGCUUUUUGGAUAAUGGGUAUAAUGACACUUUAUUGUAUGCAUCAACUUCUUCGAUGUCAUGAUUAUUAUCGAUAUAUUACAUCACGAGAAAAAUGUGAUUUUGGAGAUAUUAUGCGAUAUACAUUAGCAACAUGUCGUUGGAAAUGGGUUCAUCGUUAUGCAAAAUUGGGAAAAUUUGUUAUUGAUGGUUUUAUUGUAAUCACACAACUUGGCUUUUGUUGUGUCUACUUUGUAUUUGUACCAGCUAGUAUUAAACAAGUUGUCGAUCAUUAUUUUCAUCAUAGUCCACCGAUUCAAAUCUAUCAAUUCAUAAUGCUUAUACUUGUUAUCGGUUUUUCUAUGAUUCGAAGUCUUAAAGUUCUUGCACCAUUUUCACUUGCUGCUAAUAUAAUGACUAUUGGAGGAUUAUUUAUAAUAACGCAAUAUAUUGUUCGAGAUCAUAUACCACUUAAUCAAUUACCUCUUAUCACAUCCGCAUCAGAUUGGCCAGUAUUUUUUGCAUCUGCCAUGUAUGUAUUUGAAGGCAUUGCUUUAGUUUUACCAAUUCGACAAAAAAUGAAAGAACCUGAAUCGUAUGGUGGUUGGACUGGAAUACUUAAUAUAGGUAUUCUUCUUGUUACGAUUAUGUAUUUUGUUAUUGGCUUCUUUGGAUAUCUUCGAUAUGGAUCGAAAGCACUUGGUUCGAUAACUCUUAAUUUACCAAAUGAUAAUAAAUUAUAUCAAUUUACUAAAAUUAUGUAUGCUGUAGCAAUAUUUUUGACAUAUAAUUUACAAUUUUAUGUUCCAUUUUCACUUCUUUGGCCACGUCUUUGUCGAAAAAUUCUUUAUAAAUACAGUGGACAAACAGUUAAUAAAUGGGAACAUGCUUUUCGUAUUGGGCUGAUUUUUAUUACUUUUAUCAUUGCUGCAUUAAUACCAAAUCUUGGUCUUGUUAUAUCUCUAGUUGGUGCAGUUGCAUCUACAGCAUUAUCAGUUAUAUUUCCUCCAAUAUGUGAAUCGAUAACAUUUUGGCCUGAUAGUCUUGGUCGUUAUAAAUGGCAAUUAAUAUUAAAUUUUCUGAUAAUUAGUUUUGGUCUUUAUGUAUUUAUUGCUGGUACAACACUUAGUUUAUCAAAUAUAGUUACUUGUAUUCGUGAUGGAGCUCAAUAUAUGAAUAAUUGGUUUACAUCUACUCUUCAAACUGUUCGUGAACAAUCUAUUAAUGCUUUGGAAUUCGUACGUAAAGAUUUAUCAGAAUUUACAACAACAGUUAAAACUGAUGCAGAAGGUUAUUUAAAUAAAAUAAAACAACAACCUGUUAGUGAUCUUGGUAUUAAUCAAUUUGUAUCAAAAUUUAGUAAUUCUGUUACAUCAGAUAAUAAUAAUAAUAAUGGAAAGUCUACAAUUUCAUCAGCACCAUUUGAUCGACUUCAUAAUGAACGAAUUCGAAUACAAAAUGAUGAAUCAACCUAUUUAAUAGAUCCAACACCAAUUGACUCUUAUCAAAGUUGGCGUGAAAAGACUGAUUUUAAUAUUGAUAAACGUAAAGGUGAAAUAGCACAAUUAUUAAUUGAUGUUCCACAUAUACGUUCAUUUUAUGCACGUUUUGUACCUGCAUGUACAACCCAUAAUGAUUUUUGGUGUCGUUAUUAUUAUCAUUUAUAUAAACUUGAUGAAGAUGAAACACGACGAUUAAAUUUAUUAAAACGUGCACAUGAAAUAUGUAAUGAUAAUAAUGAAAAUGAUUGGGAUGAACCUAAUGACGAAUCGAAGUCAGCAAUCUUAACGUGCGAAACAAAAGAAAAUGAUACACGUGAUAAUUGGGAUCGAGAGUUUGAUGAAACAAAUCUUGCUACAUCUGAUAUUAAUACAAUUCAAUCAAAUCAAUGUAAUGAAACGAUGCCAUUUGAAAAUUCAACAUCGCUGGUAACAACAACAUCGAAAAAAAUAGAUAAUGAAUUUGAUGAUGAAUGGGAAACAUGGUCUUAA